GACCUUCAAAUCCGUAGGUAAGGCAAUGCAUUGCCCUAAUGUGGAAGGAAUCAUUCAUGUUCUUCAAUCACAUUUCUUAAUGAAUGAAAUUUCAAGUUCCGUAAGUUGUAUUAUUCAGCAAUCGUAGUUUGACUAGAAGGUAAGAAGCUAAUUAAGGCGGCACCUACCCUCCAUCAUCAAACUCCUAAUCUGUAGUUCCUAUUACUUUUUCUUGCCAUCUUAAUCAUAAUAGUAGAAAGCUUUUUCUGGUUGCCUUUUACAAUAUUAAACUAACUAUGGCAUUUAGAUUGAUGCUUCAAGAUCUAUCUCAGUUGAUUAAGCUUCCAUUUUAUUUUACAUAUUAGUUCCAACUUUGUAUAUCCAUUUAUUCAAUGAUAUAUUAAAAAGGACACAAAUUGAGAAAAGAUUGACAAUUUUUUCAGAUGAGGUGCUGCUUCUUUUCUUUUCUUAAAUAAAUUGGUUUAUAGUAUGCAGGAAAAUUACUCCUUUUGUUUUGGAGGUUGCUCCCUUUUUCACUUCACAUGUAAUAACAUCUCUAUAUGUCUCUCUCUCUAAUAACUCUCCAACUAAUUGGACCAACCACCAAUCCACACACUCCAUUCACCCCUGCAUGCUUAUGAAAUCUCUACGCUCCAAAACCUACCUGCCUCGCUAUUAAUGCUUCUAAUCCUCUCUAUAAUACAAUCCCACUUCUUUCUUUCUUUCUUGCUUCCUGUAAAAGCUCAUUCUUCUUCACUUUCUCUAAGGCCCUCCAUUAGUCCCUUGACAAAACAUGGACUGUAUGCCCUCCGAAAUUACUGAGCAUGCACCCUGCACUCCUUUGCUGGAGCAGCCUUCCCUCCUAGGGCCUUCGACAAAACUCCGAAGACCAUUGAAGGUUUUCACUGUGACAUUUGCCUCGCUCAUUUUUCUGUUGUCAUUGGUCACAUUAAUCAUGAAUCAAAGCCAAGGACCACUACCCACACCUAACAAGAACCGGUCACCUUCAACGCCGAAAUCUACGUCGUUCUCGGAGCAUGUGCCAAGAGGAGUUGCUGAGGGUGUAUCAGCUAAGUCAAAUCCAUCAUUUUUCAGUAAUGGAGUUUCCUACAACUGGACAAAUGCUAUGUUGUCUUGGCAAAGAACUGCUUACCACUUUCAACCUGAGAAAAAUUGGAUGAAUGAUCCUGAUGGUCCAUUGUUCUACAUGGGGUGGUACCAUCUAUUCUACCAAUACAACCCUGAUUCAGCAGUGUGGGGAAACAUCACCUGGGGCCAUGCUGUAUCAAGGGACUUGAUCCACUGGCUCUAUCUCCCUAUGGCAAUGGUUCCUGAUAAAUGGUAUGAUAUCAAUGGUGUAUGGACAGGAUCUGCUACUCUCCUUCCUGACGGUCAGAUUGUAAUGCUUUACACUGGCGACACCAAUGCAUCAGUGCAGGUGCAAAACCUAGCUUACCCUGCCAACCUGUCUGAUCCUCUCCUUAUUGAUUGGAUCAAAUAUCCUGGCAACCCAGUUCUGGUUCCCCCACCCGGAAUUGAAACCGAUGAAUUUAGAGACCCGACGACAGCUUGGAUGGGACCCGAUGGUACAUGGCGGAUCACACUCGGGUCAAGAAUGAAUGAAACAGUAGGUAUUUCACUUGUGUACCAAACCACCAACUUUACAACCUACGAGCUAUUAGAUGGGCUUUUACACGCGGUUCCAGGUACUGGAAUGUGGGAAUGUGUGGACUUUUACCCUGUCGCAAUAAACGGAUCUAAGGGGUUGGAUACUUCAGUUAAUGGACCGGGUGUUAAGCAUGUGCUAAAGGCUAGUUUGGAUAAUACAAAGCUAGAUUAUUAUGCACUUGGAACAUAUGAUCCAGUAACAGAUAAAUGGACACCCGAUAACCCGGAAGAAGAUGUGGGUAUCGGUUUACGAGUGGAUUAUGGAAGGUAUUAUGCAUCAAAGUCAUUCUACGACCAAUAUAAGCAGAGAAGGAUCUUAUGGGGUUGGAUCAAUGAAACUGAUACUGAACAAGAUGACUUACAAAAGGGCUGGGCUUCUGUUCAGACUAUUCCAAGGAAUGUAUUAUUUGAUAACAAGACCGGAGCCAAUUUGCUACAAUGGCCAGUUGAAGAGAUAGAGAGCUUGAGAGUGAACAGUACUGAUUUUCAAGAGAUUGUGAUUGCACCUGGUUCAGUUGUCCCUCUUGAAAUUGGCACGGCCACUCAGCUAGACAUAUUUGCAGAGUUUGAGACAGAAUUAAUAUCAGAGUCAUCCACUGAAGAAUACGGUUGCAGCGGGGGCGCAGUAGACAGGAGUUCUUUAGGUCCAUUUGGGCUUCUGGUUCUUGCAGAUGAAUCACUUUCUGAACUGACCCCUGUAUUUUUCCGUCCUGUUAAUUCAACUGAUGACACCCUGAAAACCUAUUUCUGUGCCGAUGAAACACGAUCAUCAAAGGCCCCUGAAGUCUUCAAGCAAGUUUAUGGUAGCACGGUUCCUGUGCUCGACGAUGAAAAGCUGCGCAUGAGGGUACUGGUUGAUCAUUCGAUUGUGGAGAGUUUUGCACAAGGAGGGAGGACAGUCAUCACCUCACGAGUUUAUCCGACAGAAGCAAUUUAUGGAGCAGCAAGGCUGUUCCUGUUCAACAAUGCAACCGAUGUGAAUGUUAAGGCUACACUCAAGAUAUGGGAGUUGACUUCUGCCUUUAUCCGUCCUUUCCCAUUUGAUGAAAAUUAGAAAAGUCGUUUCUCAAUCUAUUUGAGUUUGCUGUAUUAUUUUGUGUUCCUGUUGUUAUUAACAUUGUUUUGCCAAAAAGUUUAAAAUCCUUUGCCAACUUAAUACAAGAGAUAUAUUUUUCUUCAAAA